AAAAAUCGAUCAUUUAACUUCUAUAACGUGUGCAAGCUACACGCGUCGCAUUGUUAACGUUUCGAAAAAUGGGAUCAAAAUCUUUGACAUAAUAAGAUUUGAACUUUAAUACAGACGUUGCUUUUGGAAAUUAUUCAAGAUGAUGACCAAAGUGAAAGCCCAGGGCCUGGUCUCAGACCUGAUGCCCAACAUCAAGUUGAUGCAGGCAGCUGGACACUUCCUCUUCAAUUACCAUUCAGAAAAUGGUGGCAUGACCGGCCUCCUUCGUAAGAUCUACGCCAGCACCCAUGCGAUCCUCAUCACCAUCCACUUCGCGUGCAUGGGCAUCAACAUGGCCCAGUACUCGGAUGAGGUCAACGAGCUGACUGCCAACACCAUCACCGUCCUCUUCUUCACUCACACCAUCAUCAAGUUGGGUUUCUUCGCCUUGAACUCUAAGAGUUUUUACAGGACUCUAGCAGUAUGGAACCAGUCGAACAGCCACCCUUUGUUCACGGAGUCUGAUGCCCGCUACCAUCAGAUCGCGCUCACCAAGAUGAGGAGGCUCCUAUACUUCAUCUGCGGCAUGACUGUCCUAUCAGUUGUCAGCUGGGUCACACUCACAUUCUUCGGUGAAUCAGUCCGUCUGAUUACAAGCAAGGAAACGAAUGAGACGUUGACAGAAGUAGCCCCUCGACUGCCUCUGAAAGCCUGGUACCCGUUCAAUGCUAUGAGCGGCACCAUGUAUAUUAUUGCUUUCGCGUUUCAGGUCUACUGGCUCCUCUUCUCAAUGGCAAUAGCAAAUCUUAUGGACGUCAUGUUCUGCUCCUGGCUGAUCUUCGCAUGUGAACAGCUACAGCAUCUGAAGGCCAUCAUGAAGCCUCUCAUGGAACUCAGUGCUUCGCUGGACACCUACCGGCCCAAUACUGCUGAGCUGUUCCGCGCUUCUUCGACUGAGAAAUCCGAAAAGAUUCCCGAUACGGUGGACAUGGACAUCCGCGGCAUAUACUCCACGCAGCAGGACUUCGGCAUGACGUUGCGAGGGGCUGGUGGUAGACUGCAGACCUUUGGACAGCAGAACAACAACCCUAAUGGACUGACUCCGAAACAGGAGAUGCUGGCGCGGUCAGCUAUCAAGUAUUGGGUGGAGAGGCACAAACAUGUUGUCAGAUUGGUAGCAUCAAUUGGAGACACGUAUGGUACAGCCCUCCUGUUCCACAUGUUGGUGUCAACUAUUACACUCACUCUACUGGCUUACCAGGCUACUAAGAUCAAUGGAAUUAACGUCUACGCGUUUAGUACUAUCGGCUACCUCAGCUAUACCCUGGGCCAGGUGUUCCACUUCUGUAUCUUCGGGAACAGGCUCAUUGAAGAGAGUUCAUCAGUAAUGGAAGCCGCUUACUCCUGCCAGUGGUACGAUGGCUCCGAGGAAGCGAAGACCUUCGUCCAGAUCGUGUGCCAGCAGUGCCAGAAAGCCAUGAGCAUCUCCGGAGCCAAGUUCUUCACAGUGUCACUUGAUCUUUUUGCUUCGGUGCUCGGUGCUGUAGUAACUUACUUCAUGGUGUUGGUACAGCUCAAGUAAAAUGGAGACAAACGGAUUUCGCUACUAUGUCAAAUUACUUACAGUAUACUUUUGAACGUAUUUGUUACACCGUUUGGUGAGGAGAUAUUACAUAAUCCUGGGUGGUAUUAAAAAACAGAGUACAUUAAAUUGCAUAAUAUUUGUUUCUUGAUACACAUUUGAUAUGCAAGUGAUAUAUUUUUGAAAAUAUGGUACUUAAGUACCUACUUUGGAUGAUUUCUCCAAUUGAACCUAAAGUUGGCUCGUAAAGAAUGCCAUAUGACACUAACCACGUCUUUAUGUACCAUUAUAUUCCAUUUUGUGUACUUAAAAAGUUAAAAUAAAAUAUGAAUACCUAAUUCCUUUACAGUUUUCACAAAUUGUCUGUAUAAUUUUUAAGUUAUACUAAUUCAAUAGAAAUUAAGAUAUUCCUGUGUGCUAUUGACCCUUAUCAUGUGUAAAUUGAAAAUAUUUUCCUAUUUAUUAUACAUAAUACAUAUAUGUACAUUUCAGUAUUAAUGCAAUUGAAUAUGUAUUGCCUAAAGGGACCAUUGUUUCAAAACUUA